CGAAACUGAAUAGCAACUGUAAUAUUUGGAAUCGAGGGAUGAAUUUACAAAAGAAAAGAUUUUUAUGAUAUGGCUCAUAGAAACCCAAUAGAAAAUAUGGGAAUGGGAAAUAUUUCAAAUCAAUUUUCUAUGGCUUCCCGAAAAAAUAUUUUAUCAGAAACUUUGAGAAAGGGACUUAAUUAUACAGGAUCAGAUACAGCAUCAAGUUUUCCUAACAAGUCUAAAAAAGGAACAGGUUAUGAUGAGGAGUUAGAAGCAAAUAUGUAUUUACAAAAUCACCUUUAUUUAAAUCCAUCAGAAAAUGAGUUAUUCUCUAAUGCAUCAUCCUCAUUUGGUUCCUAUUCUUCUUACCAAUCCCAAAAAAACAAGAUGAAUAAUUCUACAGGAUAUUUUAAUCACUUUCGCAAUAACUCUUCCCCUAAUGCAGCCCUUUCUUCAUAUCAUUCGAACUUCAACCCUUCAGCAUUUUUUUCUCAAAACAAAUCGCAAAGUCAGCAUUCAUCUAAUCUUUUUUCCUACAAUUUCUCCUCUACCGGCCCCCUCAUGUCCCAAGCCUCGACUCUUACCAACAGGGCUUCCUUCAACUCCUUGAGUAAUAAUAGCAAUAACCUUUCGUCUCUCAUCUCCGCUAACAAACCGGCGCAGUACAAAUCGAAUUUUUCCAAUUCCACCAGUAUCAACAAUUUAAAUUUUACCAAUUACAACAACAAUAAUAUGACCUAUCCGGGCAACAGUUACGGUUACAAUUAUAGCGGCAUCGCGACGUGCGGCAACGCUGGGUCAGGUUUCACGAAUAACACCGGUUUCGGUAACGCUUUCAACUACUUUGGUGGUGGUUCCAAAUAUUCGAAGAAUUUCAACGACGCCUUCCAUUACAAUUCCAGCUCGAAUCACCCUCCCUUAGAUCCCUCGGAGUUUCCCUCCUUGAGGCACAACCAGGACUCUGCCGGAUUGAAUUUCAACUCUUUCCUCACCGGGAAUGUUCUCUCCGGAACCAAUAACUUGGGUAUGGGGAAGCAAAAUAGCGAUAUGCAACACCAGCAACAUGAAUUUCAAAUACAUAACGAAGAUUUUCCAGCCCUUCCUGGCAUUCAAAGCAAAGAAAACAGCCAGCCCAUCGACAAUACGAAUAUUCUCAACAAUUCCUCUUCAACGCCUCAAACCCUUUCAGCCCAAACGAGUACUCAUUUACUAACCUCGUCUUCAAAAUACGUCAGGCAAUCCAACAGUAUACCUAACCAAGAAGAAUCUUCGUCCUUGGACCCCAAUCACGAGCUUAGUAGGUUAGUGCCUUCAAUGAGUAAUAACGCACACCUUCCUAACCAGCCUCCCACCGCGCCUUCCCCCAUCAAUUACUUCAACAUUAAUUUUAACCCUGACCUCCUUACCUCAAUCUCCGUUUCCUCCACCAGUCAUUCAAUCCACAAAACCAACAUUUCCCUCAACUCAACUUCCGCUCGCUAUCAACGUCCUAACACAAUGAACAGCCAAUACACUGAAGAGAGCCAUGUAGCCCCUACCAAAGACAUUGUGAAGGGCGCUUCGAAAGAGAUGCCAAUAACCUACGACAAAGGUGACGUGAGCGUUAGUAAAGAAAAUAUCGUUAGGGGCAUAAGGACUUAUCCCGAUGGCAGAGUCACGGACAUUCCCCACAACAUGGUAAGGGACCAAUUCGGGAUGGUCGGCUUGUUGACAUUUAUUCGUUCAGCUGAGACGGCUCCUAAUUUGGUUCGCCUUGGGCUGGGCAGUGAUCUCACAACCUUCGGACUCAACCUCAAUUCAUCCGAGCCUUUAUACCAAACAUUUGCGGGACCUUUCACCGAAAAACCUUGCAAGCCUCACGAAUUAAUUUUUCCUGUUCCCUCCGAAUAUAUGAUCGGUUCUCAAAUCAAAGAUAAAUUACCAUCAUUGCAAACGAGCAAAUACGGCGAGGAUUUGUUAUUUUUCCUGUUUUAUACCUUCAACAACGAUCUAAUCCAACUUAUAGCAGCUCAGGAAUUAUAUGAAAGAGAUUGGAGGUUUCAUUUGGACGAAAAAAUUUGGCUCACAAAAAUACCCGGCCUUCAAAGCGUUGAAAAAUCGCCCACAUACGAGAGGGGAACAUAUUAUUUUUUCGAUCCCGUCACAUGGCGAAAAUUACCAAAAGAAUUUCUCAUUUAUUACGGAAAGCUGGAAGAUAAACCUACCGUUCCUCAGGCUCUUAUAAACACUUUUUACCAAAUCAAUAGUCCGGAUAGCAUCAUUUUAUAAAAAAUCCACAAUGUAUAAAUCUUCGUAAAGUUGAGCCCGUUUUCAGAUUUUUUGUCAACAAUCCCCGAGGUUGUUAUAAAUGAACCAUUUUCUAAUAAUUUUUACAAAAUUCUUAUUUAUUUUUUUUGUAUUUACUUUUCUCCUUCGCGGUUUCUACAACUGUUUUCUAUCCUAUCUUUCUUUCCAAAUUAAUCAGCAAUCCCUCUUAUUCGAUUUUCAGACCUGACUCAAAUCGGAUUUUUUUUAUAUUAUACUUCAAUCCCUUACCUAUACCCAAAUAAUGUUUAAUAUUUUUUGAUGACCACCAUUUAUUCAAAAAAAAAUUAUCGGCUUAAAAUUUGCAACAAAAGCAUAUACUAUAUAUAUAUCUCUCUAAAUUGCAUUUAUUAUAUCAAUAAAAUAUCAUUCACUUCUAUUUGUAAAUGUUACCCCUACCGACUUUUACAUCUCAAAUAUCGUUAUCUCUUUUUUUUAUUCCCUUAAUUUAUUUUUAUCUCACAAAAAAAAAUGGUUUAUAUAUAAAUUAAUCAUAACAAUUAUAUAUGGCAAAACGAAAAAAAAGUUUUCUAUGCACUCCAAAACCUCUUUUAUUAUAGAAAUGAAAGCAAUUUUACCUUUUCCGAAUUUUUUGAAUUCUUGACUACGAAUCUAAAUAAAACUUGAUUUUAAGUUUUAAAAUAAUAAAAAAAUUAAAUUAUUUUGCGACAUUUUAUUAAUUAUAAAUUGUUUUUUCGAUUAAUUCUUUUGAUGUUUUAAAAGAGUGUAGUUUUUUUUUUUACCUAUCCUUUCCUUCUUUCCUUUUAUUUAUUUUUUCAACAUUCGUGUCAAACAAAAUGUCCGCCGUUUCAACAUAUUUUUCUUCAAAAAUAUUUGGAAAUUAUUUCCCAAGCCUUCUUUGCUAAAAACGGAUAGCAUUUCCCUUAAAUUAUUCAUGUAAGAUUCACUUUAUUGGAAGUUAAAGUAGUAUACCUUUAUUAUUUAUUAUAAUUUUCCCAAAUUCUUUGAUAAUUUUAAUUAUUAACUAUUAUUAUAACUAACUAAUUUAUAAUUAUUAUUUAAAAAACAAAAACGUAAAAUUGAGGAAAUAUGAUAUAUGGAAUAAAUAUUUUUAAAAAAUAUAUUAUAUACAACAA